CUCCACUGUUCCCAAACCUGUUCUAUAUAGUGGAAUCACUCUUCCUCGUAAAACUAAUUCAACCUCCAAUUUCCCCAAACUAACACCCUUCAAAAUGCAGACAGCAUUAACCUUUGCAACCCCCAACGUUGUGCCUUUGACACCUUCAAAGAGUGUCUCCCAUCUUGCCAUCUUCCCUACCAAAUUUACUGCCCCACGCUCUUCACCUCGUUACACUCCAAUCAAAGUUGCAACCUUCAAUAAUGACACUUCAACAGAAUCAACGGUGGAUUACAGCUCUGCAUACUCAGUGUUUCCAGCAGAAGCAUGCGAAACUAUUGGAGGGGACGCGUGUAUGGCAGAGAUGUAUCCUGAAGUGAAGCUGCAGCCAGAAUCUAAGAAUGACACACCAAAAGUUGCUACAGAGAACGUUGAUAGAGAGUAUCUUGAGUACAAUGAUCCAAAGACGGUUUUUCGAGCAGAGGCUUGUGAUGAUCUUGGAGGAACUUUCUGUGAACAUGAGUAUCAGAAGAGUGUCUACUAGAGAAAAGAGAAAAGGGGAAACUCUAUUAUUUCCAUGACCACUUCAUUAUCAAUGUCAGCUACCAGUGAUUGUAAUAUUGACUGUAUAUAGUCAUAGAAUACGCGGAUUUCAGUUUGAACUUAGUUUUAUUUUCGCUAUAAAUUUUACAGUAAUAUAAUGCCUAAUUUUGAAAACUUCAGCCCUGUCUUCUCGGUAAUUUGAAAAUGAAAUAAUAUAUUAAAAAGGAGUAUGACACUUAAUCACUCAUAUUGUGGCAUCAUUUUAGUUCUCUAAAUAAUUAAUUAACAAUUUUACAAAAGAAAUAUUAAAUUGAUUAUAAAAAAAUUUAAUACCAAGUUACUCUUUAU